GCCGCUGUCGCCACCACGACAGUAUCUCCAGCUUGGAUUCAUUUUCUGGCGUGCGAAUUGUUUUCUUUUUGGCUUCCUCUCUUGUACGAUCUUCAGCUAUAUUCAGUUACGAAGAACAGAAAAAUCACACCAAACGUUCGUCGAUUCUCGAAGCUCGAAGCCAAGUAGCCCACGCCGCAAGUUCUUGCCCAUGUGGAUGAUUUGACUUCGAUAUCCAUAUCCCUUCUAUACUCGCCCGUCUCAGGCCCUGCUCCUGAUUCCCUACAAUCAAUAAAGAAGCCGUGCCCUGCCGUAUACAUAUAAAGAGCAGCUGCUCCCCUUCGAGAUGCCUCUUCUUCAGUCCUACAUCGCCCCACCCCUCGCGAGGGACAUCGCACUCGCAAUGCGCUCUUUUAUCCAGGACUUCACGAACCGCGCUGUUUUCUGUCUCGGGGCUUUCUUGGCCUCUACUAGUCUACUUUCUGAUGGCUCGCAGACGACAAUGGGUAUCGCUGCUGUGAAUGCACAGACGCAGUACCUCCUUGGUCUUGGGAUUGGAGACAUCACGGGUCCUGUCGUAGAAACCAACAUGAUGGGCUAUGCGUCUCUCGCUCAGACUGACACCGGAUUGUACAUGCGGCAACGUAGCCGUGCAUGGAUCGUCGCGGAUUCGUCUAAUUCCUCGAACAGGGUAGUAAUGAUCAAUGCCGACAUCGCCAUGGGCGACACUGGCAUCCGUCGUUCUAUCGUCGCCAACCUUUCCGCCACAUACCCCGACCUCUACAACAACGCCAACAUCGCUCUCAUCUCGACUCAUCAACACUCCGGCGUCGGAGGCUACCUCGAGAACCUCCUCCCACAGAUCACCUCCCUCGGUUAUGUCAAAGAGACGGCAGACGCCAUCGUCGCAGGGACAGUUAAAGCCGUGCUCAUGGCUCAUGACAGUUUGGCUCCUGGGACGCUCAGCGUGGGUAAUGCGACUGUCGUAGAUGGGAAUAGGAAUAGGAGUCCGAGCGCGUAUUUGGCGAAUCCGGCGGACGAGAGGGCUUUGUACGAGUAUGAUCAGGACAAAGACUUGAGUUUGUUGAAGUUCGAUGAUGCGGAUGGAAAUGCGAGGGGUUUUUUGAGCUUCUUCGCGGUGCAUGGGACUAGUUUGUAUGAAAAUAACACGCUCGUUAGUGGGGAUAAUAAGGGAAUGGCUGCCUAUCUUUAUGAGGCCAUGGAGCAGCCCGAUGUUAUGCCCGGAAACAAUACAUUCGUUGCUGGGUUCACGCAAUCAAAUGUCGGAGACACCAGUCCAAACACCCUCGGAGCGUAUUGCGAAAGCCCAGGCGAGUCCUACGAUGGCAUGCUCUGCGAAUUUAACACUUCGACCUGUGGCGGCGCCACCGAAGACUGUCACGGACGUGGCCCAGCUUUCGAAAUCUCCGACUUUGCCUCUAACAUGAUCAUCGCACAACUUCAAGUCGACGGAGCACAGGCUAUCAUGAACGGCACUGCAUCGACGGCUCCGAUUGAGGGCAAUGUUAGGGCAGUGCACACAUAUUUGAACAUGACGUGGCACACCUUCACACUUCCGAACGGGACAACCGUGCAGACCUGUCCGCCUGCAAUGGGUUACUCUUUCGCUGGUGGAACCACUGACGGUCCUGGUGCUUUUGAUUUCACCCAGGGAGACAACUCCUCGCAGCCACAGAACCCAUUCUGGGAGAUCGUGAAGGGCGCUAUCACUCCUUUCCCCGAUGCCGAACAAGUUGCGUGCCAGGACCCUAAGCCUGUCAUUCUCAACACCGGAUACGCGCAUACCCCUUACAACUGGUCUCCUGGAACCGUCGACAUCCAGAUGUUCCGUAUUGGGCAGUUCGUCAUGCUCAUCAUGCCAGGCGAACUCACCACGAUGUCUGGCCGCCGUAUGAGAAACGCGAUCCGCACACAGCUCAUCGCUAAUGGAAUCGUGGGCGAUGAUGCCUACGUCGUUAUCGCUGGACCGGCGAAUACCUACGCUCAUUAUGUGGCAACACAGGAGGAGUAUGGUGUCCAGCGGUAUGAGGGUGCUUCCACCAUCUUCGGACAAUGGACUCUGGAUGCGUAUAUCGACAAGUAUGGAAGCCUUGUCUCGUAUUUAGCUGAUAAUGCUACCGGAGCUCAGCCUCCGUCUGAUGAGGCCCCGCCGGAUCUGACGGGCGAGGCUAUUUCGCUGAGGACCGGCGUGGUAUUCGAUUCUGCUCCUCUCUUCAAGAGCUUCGGUGAUGUCGUCGCCGAUGUCCAGUCAUCCUACACGUCAGGAGAAACUGUCUUUGCCCAGUUCAUUGGAGCCAACCCAAGGAACAACUUCCGGCUCGAACAGACCUUCUUGUCUGUGGAUCAGGAUGUUGAUGGGGCUUGGACGAUGGUCAGAUCUGACUCGCAUCCUUCGACUACGUAUAACUGGACUAGAGUAGACACUAUCACCGGAACGAGCAACGUCGAUAUCACCUGGACUAUCGAGGACGGAACUCCUGCUGGCACCUACAGGAUCCAGUAUUUCGGUGAUGCCAAAGCUAUCGGCGGAACAAUUACACCUUUCGUCGGGACGUCAAGCAACUUCACCGUUUCAUAAGGUCUGCAGCGAACUUUUGCGUGUUAUGCUACCUAUUUCUUUCGUUUUUAGGUUCAUUCAUUUGCUGCAUUGACUGUUGAUGACCAUAUCAUGACGUGAUUCUGUCUGUAUUCUGCUCUCUGUCCGGAUGCUCCUGACUGUCACGGACUAUAUGUUGUGAAAUAUCGAUUGCUUCGUCUGUGCACAAGUCCCGUCUGCCUCGCGAAUAUACCCGCGGAUCACUUUGGAACGCAUCGUGCGGUUCUUGACUGCGACUGUAAUGUUGCACGGUAGAGAAAGAAGUCGAGCUCAACCCCGUCCUAAUGAUUCCAUUCCAGGCGUGCACUUCUGUUACGCCACAUUAAUUUCGCAACAUGGUACAGUAAACGGCAGACGAUCCUUUGUUGGCGUCUCCACAUCGCUACCGUUUAUAUAUGCC